AUGGCUACCCUGCCCUCGUCCAUGGGGAGCGACAACAACUCCAGAGCCGUCACCGAGCCCAUCGCAGUCACUCAGCGAGGCAAUGAAGGAAUUCUGAAGAUCAUAUUCUGGUAUGUUGCUAGCGCAGAUAGCACAGCCGUUCGAGAUGAAGGCACUCAGGAGGGACAUGAGGAUUUCGACACGAUCUGGGCCGGUUUUGACGAGGUUGAAUCGAUCCUGAGCUUUGCAGACGACCAAAGUAUUGCUCGUGAGGCAAUAAUGACAGUUCGCCGAGGUCAGCUAGCAAUCUGA